ACAGCGAUGGAAAAGGACGGCAGCAGACCCAACUGGGAUAAUCCCAAGCAAUUCAUAUUUGCAUGCAUAUCAUACGCAGUCGGAUUAGGAAACGUGUGGCGUUUUCCAUACCUCUGUCAAAUGCAUGGUGGAGGUGGGUUCUUGAUCCCAUAUCUCAUCAUGCUGGUUCUGGAGGGUGUGCCAUUAUUUUAUAUGGAGCUCGCCAUUGGCCAGAAAAUGCGUCUCGGUAGCAUUGGGGCAUGGACUGCUAUCAGCCCUUACCUGGGAGGAGUGGGUUUAGCUAGUGUUGUGACUUCCCUGUAUCUGUGUCUUUAUUACAAUGUCAUCAAUGCCUGGAGUUUCUGGUACCUCUUCAAUUCAUUUCAACCUGUCCUGCCGUGGGCACAUUGCCCUCUCAACAGCAACGAGACAGGGCCUUUGGAGGAGUGCGAACAUGCAACGCCCACUCAGUUCUUCUUCUAUAGGCAAACCCUGAACAUCUCUUCUUCCAUUGAUGAGACUGGAGGCAUACACACAGGGCAGAUACUCUGCCUUCUUCUGGCCUGGAUACUUGUCUACCUGUUUAUCAUUCGAGGACUCAAGUCCACAGGAAAGGUGGUGUAUUUCACAGCCACAUUUCCCUAUGUGGUACUUAUUAUUUACCUGAUCCGAGGUGUUACCCUUCCUGGGGCCUUCAACGGCAUCAUAUACAUGUUCACACCCAAGAUGGAUCAGCUUGCAAACCCUACUACAUGGAUCAAUGCUGCGACCCAGAUAUUUUUAUCCCUUGGCCUGGGCUUUGGAUCUCUCAUAGCUUUUGCCAGCUACAACCAGUACAAUAACAACUUUGAGCAACAGGCCAUUGUUGUGUCUGCCAUCAAUAGUGGAACCUCGAUUUUUGCCAGUAUCGUAACAUUUGCCAUCUAUGGCUUCAAGGCUACCUUCAACUAUGAAAGCUGUCUAGAGAGGACUCGCAUACUGCUGCUGAACACCUUCGAUCUAGCAGAAGACACAAUCAACGUGACAAAUGUCCACAGCUGGAUUGAGAAGCUUAACGAAACACAUCCAGAGCAGUUUGCUGACCUGGCCGACAGUCUGAAACCCUGUAAUCUGGAGGCUGAGCUGGACACCGCUGCUGAAGGUACAGGCCUGGCCUUCAUUGUGUACAGCGAAGCCAUCAGAAACAUGCCAUUAUCUCAGCUGUGGUCAGUGCUUUACUUCGCCAUGUUAUUGCUGUUAGGCAUGGGCAGUAUGGUGGGCAACAUCACUGCCAUCAUCACUCCUCUACGAGACUUUAGGGUCUUAUCUCAAAAUCUGAGCAAUGAGACUUUCAACGGUUUGGUGUGUCUGCUCUGUCUGCUGCUUGGCUUGGUGUUCACCACUCGUUCUGGAAACUAUUGGUUUACAAUAUUCAAUGACUAUGCUGCCAGUUUCUCUCUGCUCUUCAUCGUUCUCAUAGAGGUCAUCACUGUCAGUUACAUCUAUGGCAUAAAGAGGUUUGAAAAAGACAUCGAGGACAUGCUGGGUCAUAAACCUAAUUGGUACUGGAAAAGCAUGUGGAUUGCAGUCAGUCCACUCAUCCUCAUUGCCCUGUUCCUCUUCUACAUUGUCAGCUACAUCCAGGGAGGGACACCCACCUACCGAGCAUGGGACAAAGACCUGGGUAAGUCUGUGGAAACUGAAUAUCCUGUCUAUGCUCAAGCUUGUAUUGGCCUGCUCCUGGUCUCCCCGGUCAGCUGUGUGCCCCUGACAGCCCUCUACAUCUACUACAAGAACUACAAGAAGAGGGGACAGGCCAGCGGGAGACCAGCACAUUCUGUCAGCACAGUCUCUUCAUAA